CGGGUGAGGGCGGGGGUAUGGGGAGGGAGAGGACAACAAGAAGGCGAUGCCCGGAUGUUGAGGCGCGCGCACCCCGGAAUCGUCCCCCUCAUUUCCGAUUCGCCUUUUAGCCCCUCCCCUUCCACCUCCCAAGCCGCUGCGGUCGGUUCAGCACGCGCCAAGCGAAAGAACAGAAUGCCGGGUCUAAGUUGUAGAUUUUAUCAACACAAAUUUCCUGAGGUGGAAGAUGUAGUGAUGGUGAAUGUAAGGUCCAUCGCUGAAAUGGGCGCUUAUGUCAGCUUGCUGGAAUACAACAACAUCGAAGGCAUGAUUCUUCUGAGUGAGUUGUCGAGAAGGCGAAUCCGUUCUAUAAACAAACUCAUCCGAAUUGGCAGGAAUGAAUGUGUGGUUGUUAUUAGAGUGGACAAAGAAAAAG